AUGAGGACAAAAUUUGUUAACUCUUUCACAUUACUUUUGAUAACAGUUUUAGCUUUACUUCAACUUGGUAUAGCACAAGUGACCGAAUGUCAAGGACCUGGAAAUCCAUGUGCUGUUACGGAAGAUUGCUGUCCAGGAAACAUAUGUGCAUUUUAUGCUCACAAAUGUGUGUCUAGUAGAGCACAAGUCGCCGAAUGUCAGGGACCAGGAAAUCCAUGUUCUGUUACGGAGGAUUGCUGUCCAGGAAAUAUAUGUGCAUUUUAUGCUCACAAAUGUGUAUCUAGUAGAGCGCAAGUUGUUGAAUGUCAAGGGGCUGGAAAUCCAUGUACUGUUACGGAGGAUUGCUGUCCAGGAAAUGUAUGUGCAUUUUAUGCUCACAAAUGUGUAUCUAGUAGAGCGCAAGCUGUUGAAUGUCAAGGGCCUGGAAAUCCAUGCAACUCUACGGAUGAUUGCUGUGUAGGGAAUGUAUGCGCAUUAGAUUCUCACACAUGUGAAUCUAGCAGCGAGCAAGCCUUCGAAUGUCAGGGACCUGGAAAUGCAUGUAACUCUACGGAUGAUUGCUGUGCAGGGAAUGUAUGCGCAUUAGAUUCUAACACAUGUGAAUCUAGUAGUGAGCAAGCCUUUGAGUGCCAAGGGCCUGGAAAUCCAUGUUAUUCUACGGAUGAUUGCUGUUUGGGGAAUGUAUGCGCAUUAGAUUCUAACACAUGUGAAUCUAGUAGUGAGCAAGCCUUCGAAUGCCAAGGGCCUGGAAAUCCAUGUUAUUCUACGGAUGAUUGCUGUUUGGGGAAUGUAUGCGCAUUAGAUUCUCACACAUGUGAAUCUAGCAGCGAGCAAGCCUUUGAAUGUCAGGGACCUGGAAAUCCAUGUUAUUCUACGGAUGAUUGCUGUUUGGGGAAUGUAUGCGCAUUAGAUUCUCACACAUGUGAAUCUAGCAGCGAGCAAGCCUUCGAAUGUCAAGGACCUGGAAAUCCAUGUUAUUCUACGGAUGAUUGCUGUUUGGGGAAUGUAUGCGCAUUAGAUUCUCACACAUGUGAAUCUAACAGCGAGCAAGCCUUCGAAUGUCAAGGACCUGGAAAUCCAUGUUAUUCUACGGAUGAUUGCUGUUUGGGGAAUGUAUGCGCAUUAGAUUCUAACACAUGUGAAUCUAGUAGCGAGCAAGCCUUUGAAUGUCAGGGACCUGGAAAUCCAUGUUAUUCUACGGAUGAUUGCUGUUUGGGGAAUGUAUGCGCAUUAGAUUCUCACACAUGUGAAUCUAACAGCGAGCAAGCCUUCGAAUGUCAAGGACCUGGAAAUCCAUGUUAUUCUACGGAUGAUUGCUGUUUGGGGAAUGUAUGCGCAUUAGAUUCUCACACAUGUGAAUCUAGCAGCGAGCAAGCCUUCGAAUGUCAAGGACCUGGAAAUCCAUGUAACUCUACAGAUGAUUGUUGUGCGGGAAAUGUGUGUGCAUUAUAUAUUAACAAAUGUGUAUCUAGAUUCAGUGGCUAA